GACGAUUGCCUCUACAUUUUUUGUAAUUCUAUUAUUACGCCUGUUUACACAAGAAAGCCAACCCUGUGUCUCGUGACUCUUUUUCAGGAGGUUCUUGCCAAGUUUUUUUUGGGGGGGAGGCAGACAGGCGAUGAUUGCCACCGUCUAUAUUAAAAACGAGUAAUAUGCGGGGAAUAUUUCAAAUUUAGUGGGGUCAGGGAAUAAUAAUGCGGGUAAUAUUUCAAAUUUGGACCACGACUCCGGUGCAAUGGCUUCCGCUUGUGAGUGACGUCACGAGAUCUGUAACGUCCUCUGCAGUGAUUUUACACGGUAGACGCACCGCAGUAUUAAUCGGGGCGGCCUCCGGAUCCGAACCGCGAUCCUCUUCAGCGAGUGGUAAAGGCGCCACCGCUGGGGCACGUCACCAGCAUGGAGUGGAGUGGUGGCGAAGUGGAUAGCGCGCUGCACUGCGAACCCGGCAACCCGAGUAAAAAAAAAAUCGCCCCGCCGGUUGCCGCGGGCGGCAAUGCCGCUGCCACGGUGACGGUGGCCAUGUCGCUGGGGCGCAUUUUCCGCCACGCGUCGGAGCUGCUGUCGCCGCAGCGAGCAACAGCGGCGGCGCGCGGAGCACGCGGCGGGGAGAUCGUCUUCUCCAAGAACAAUGUCUGCGUCCACCCCACGGAGGGCGUGCAUGCCGGCCAGGAGCUGCACUACCCCGGCUACCUGUGCGUGGAGUUUGACGAGGGCUGGGGGGGCGGAGGGGGCUCCCUGCUGCUCACCUGGGUCCCCAACGCUCGCAUCGAGCGCGAGGACGAGGAGGCGCUUCGCUACGUCACCCCCGAGAGCUCGCCCGUGAGACGGGGGUCUGCCACGCUCACCAGCAACAAGAGGCGACACACGGUCGGAGAGUGCAGUCCAACGCACGGCCCCGUGCGGCCCGACCGCCUCUCCUCCUCGCUGUCGCUGCCAGGGGGCUCGCUGGAGCGGCCCCCCGCUCACGGGGCCCACGCCUCCCACGGCCAGGACCCCCCCUCCGUGGCGGAGGCGUGCGGAGCGAGUCACCCCGGGCCGCAUGGCGAUUGCCUUUUGACCUCGGUCUCGUCUGCCGGAUGCAACGGGUCCCCGGUUUCCAAGGAAACCAGCUCCACGGCAACCUCUUCCCAGAAUUCCUCCGACUUGGUCCAGCCCAGCGCCGCCUCUUCCUUCUCCUGCCCACCCAGCACCGACACCAACCAAUCGGGCGUGGCCAUUCAGCUGAGCACCCCUGGCGAUAGCCAGUCGGAGCCCGGCUUGUUCCCGAGCCCUGGCAACGGCCAAUCAGAUGUGACCAUUCAACUGAGCACCCCCGGCAACGGCCAAUCGGAGCCCAGCUUCCUCCCGAGCCCCGGCAACGGCCAAUCGGAGCCCAGCUUCCUCCCGAGCCCUACCAACGGCCAAUCGGAGGGCAACCUCUUCCCCGUUACCCGCGGCGACAGCAAGGACAGCAAUGGCAACAAUAACAAGGCAACCCCGUUGGCCACCAUCGCGGAGGACGGCAGCCAAUGGGUGCCUCCGUUGCUGGUGUGCGAGGAGGACAGGGGGCAGCCACCAUCUGAGCGGGGGGGCGAUGGGCGGGGCGAAGGGGGCGGUGUGGCCCGCGGGGAGGAGGAGGAGGUGUCCCCCAGGGCCCCCUGGGAAACGGACCCCGGCUGGGGGGCUCGGUGGGGAGUUGAGGGGGGCCCCGGGGAGAUGAGCUGGGACGAGCGGCUAAAGCUGUCAACGCUGGAGCAAGUGGACGGGGUGUUCAGCGUCGACCUCGGUCACAUGAGGUCGCUGCGGCUGUUUUUCAGCGAGGAGGGUGGCUCGAGUGGGCACUUUGUGAUCGCGAGCCGAGAGAGUCAGUACAAGGUUUUCCACUUUCACUGCGGAGGACUCGACCGCCUGGCCGACGUCUUCCAGCGAUGGAAGUGCUGCACCCUCGCCUCGCCCACACACCAGGUGAGCGACAGCCGCUCCUACCUGCACUUCUGCGUGAACGAGCCUGUGGGCGGAGUGGAGGGGGGGGCGCACCCGGAGGAGGGCUGCUACCGCCAGUUGAGCCGCUGCUCGUGGCUCGAGCACCUCACAGCCGACGGCCGCGUCGAGGAGGACUACAAGAUCCGCAAGUCGAUCUUCUUUGCCGGCGUAGCCACUGAGGUGCGCGGCGAGGUGUGGCCCUUCCUGCUCAAGUACUACUCCUUCCGCUCCACGAGCCACGAGCGCGAGCAGCUCCGCCAGCACAAGCGCCGCGAGUACGCCGACGUGCAGCUCGCACGGCUGGGCAUGUCUCAGGAGGAUCAGGAGCGCUUCUGGCGGGAGGUGCAGUACACGGUGGACCGCGACGUAGUCCGGACCGACCGCUCCCACCCCUUCUACCAGGGCGAGGACAACCCCAACGUGGAGAUCAUGAGGCAGAUCCUGCUGAACUACGCGGUGUACCGUCCGGACGUGGGCUACACGCAGGGCAUGUCGGACCUGCUGGCGCCCAUCCUGGCGGAGGUGCGCGACGAGGCCGACUCCUUCUGGUGCUUCGUGGGCCUCAUGCAGGAGACGAUCUUCUUCAGCUCCCCGCGCGACGAGGACAUGGAGACGCAGCUGACGUACCUGCGCGAGCUGGUGCGUCUGAUGCUGCCGCGCUUCUUUGAGCACCUGCAGUCGCUGGGGGAGGACGGCCUGCAGAUGCUCUUCUGCCACCGCUGGGUGCUGCUCUGCUUCAAGCGCGAGUUCCGCGAGUCCGAGGCGCUGCGCAUGUGGGAGGCCUGCUGGGCGCACUACCAGACGGACUACUUCCACCUGUUUGUGUGCCUGGCCAUCAUGGACACGUACGGGGGCGUGGUGGUGCAGCGGGGGCUCUCCGCAGACGCCAUGCUGCUACACUUCACCAACCUCGCCGGUCACAUGAGCGGGAAGCUCGUACUCAUCAAGGCGCGGGGCCUGCUGUACCGCUUCCGCCUGCUGCGCCGCAUCCCGUGCAGCCUGCACUCGCUGUGCGUGCGCUGCGGCUCGGGGAUGUGGGACUCGGGCUACGUGCCGGCCGUCGAGUGCACGGGCGACCAUCUCGACGCCGACGGCUGCCCCUACGGGGGGCUGCCCCCCUCGCUGGCCUCCGAGCCCGCUCCGUGACCCCCCCCACGUGCCCUCUCGUGACCUCCCGUGACCUCCCGUGACCUUCCCCGUUUCCUUUUAUUCUCGCUGCUCGCUGCCAUGCUGUCUCCCUGACCCCCCUCCCCUUGCUCCCCCCCCCUCCUCUUAAUCCCCCCCCCCCCCAC